CUUCUUCAAGUUUGCAACUUCACACCUUUCAUCAUACUCUUUAUUGUUGUGAGGACAAUCUACCUGCUAUGCAAUAAACUAUGUGACGAUGGGCUGGCAGAUCUGUUUGUUAUUUUCAUUUCCAACGAGAAGAAGCAGAUUCCUCUGUGGCAUCAGAAGGCUAGCCAGCGCGCGGAGGGUGUUAUUCUGUGGGACUAUCACGUCAUCUGUUUACAGAAUAAGAGAGAUGAAAAGUCUUCAUCCUUAGUGUGGGAUUUAGAUUCCAGCCUUCUGUUUCCAUCGCCCCUUGGAACCUACGUCGCUGAAAGCAUUCGUCCGUCUAUUCAGAUAUUUUCAGAAUUCAAAAGGUUCUUUCGAGUUGUGCAUGCCCCUAUAUUCCUCCGACACUUUGCGUCAGAUAGAAGGCAUAUGAAGGAUUCCGCUGGAAACUGGAUUGCCAAACCACCAUCACAUGAAGCUAUUGUCGCUAAAGAUGGAGCCGUAAACAAUCUGAACGAGUACAUUACAGUCUCACCGGAUGAUCUAGUGAUCGACGUGGGAGCUGAUACUGUCAAUGUUGUUUUCUCUGAUAAACUUGGCGUCGUAGUUGGCGAAAACGAUUUGUUCGGAUUUUUCUCUUUGAUUUCUUGAUUGAGAGUUGAAAAAUGUACUAGGUUGCAAGUUGAAAUCAUGGUCGACAUUUUCUUUUGUUGGUGAACAAGGUUGUAAGGAGGGAAUGUUAUUUAGUAUAGUGAUUUCUUCAAAAUGCUACAUUCACAUGACUUAUUUUAGAUGUUAAGAGAAGUGAUUGGAUCAAUUUGUGUGCA